CUCUUCUCGCCCAAAUGGAGACUAAGUGAAGCCGGGGAACCGACGUUGCUUGCCCCACCUGGGAUCGCGGCCGUGCCUUUCUCCCUUUUCUGGAGCUUCGGGGGGGGGGGUCGGCGAAGGCGGUUGCCACCAGCACCUGCCUUGGCGAGAGCCAAGGGAAGAGGGAGCGCGGCCUCUUUUGGAGAGAAAGGCAGAGCUACGCUCCCAGGCGGUGGGACGGCUUGAAGGCGCUGGUGCCGCUGCCGCCUUCGAGGAGGGCUUUGCGGUCUGACGGCCAGCCAGGCUGCGGUUGGACGGGUGGGGGCAGGCAGAGAGGAGCCUCGGGGGCGGGGAUCGAGGGACUCAAAAGCGCGUGCAGAGGCAGCGUGCGCGCAAGGCUGAGCCCAAGUCUCCAUCGCGGCGCCGGCUUCUCCUGAGCUGCCCCGACGUGCCAUGGCUUUGCUCCUCACCGCCGGCUUGCUGGGGCUUCUGCUGGUGCUGGUGCUCCUGGCUUCUCGCUUCGGCAGAGCGCGGCGACCGGGGGAACCUCCACUUGACAAAGGUUGCAUUCCUUGGCUUGGGCAUGCGCUGGAAUUUGGCAGAGAUGCGGCCAAGUUCAUGAGUGACAUGAGGAAGAAGCAUGGGGAUAUUUACACGGUUCAAGCUGCAGGGAAAUUUGUCACCGUUUUACUGGACCCCCAUUCCUACGAAGCAGUGCUUUGGGAGUCACGUUCCAAGCUGGACUUUGGCCAGUAUGCCCGCAUUUUAAUGGACCGAAUGUUUGAAGUCAAGCUGCCGGAUUAUGACCCUAAUGCGGAAAAGGUCAUGAUGAGAAUGACUCUGCAGAACAAGAAUCUCCCCACCCUAACAAAGGCGAUGUUCUUCAACUUACGAACCAUUCUCCUUUCUGACCCAAGUAGAGCCAGCCAGCAGUGGAAAGAGGAAGGUCUGUUUCACCUCUGCUACAGUACAAUGUUCAGAGCUGGGUUCCUGACACUGUAUGGCAAUGAAGGCAAAGAUUAUGAGGAUAGCAGGAAUCAAGCUAAAGACCUGGCCUUCUCCCUGGAAAUAUACACUGAGUUUUAUAAACUGGACCGUCUUUUGAUGAAAGCUGCUCGCUCCAUCUUGAGUGCAGCGGAAAAGAAGGAAAUCAACAGCAUUAGGAAGCACCUCUGGAACUUACUAUCUGUGAAGGGACUGGAUUGCAGAGCUAACCGAAGUGUUUGGCUGGACAGCUACAAACAGCACUUGGUGGACCUUGGAGUAGAUGAAAAUAUGCAGACAAGAGCAAUGCUGUUGCAGCUCUGGAGUACUCAGAGUAAUGCAGGGCCUGCAGUUUUCUGGCUUCUCCUGUUUCUUUUAAAAUACCCUUCAGCCAUGGCAGCAAUUCAAGGUGAAAUGGAAGGAAUCUUUCGAAGCAGAAGACAGAAAAUUGGACAAAUGCAUGGAAUCAGCCAAGAGAUUUUAGACUGCACACCCAUUUUUGACAGCGCAUUGAAUGAAAUGCUACGUUUGACAGCAGCUCCUUUCAUCACCAGAGAGGUCCUUCAAGACAUGCGCCUGAGACUGGCAGACGGCAGAGAGUACAGCCUGAGAAAAGGAGAUAGGCUUUGCCUCUUUCCAUUUAUAAGCCCUCAAAUGGACCCUGAAAUUUAUGAGGAGCCAGAGAAAUUCAGAUAUGACCGAUUCCUCAAUUCGGACGGCACAGAAAAAACAGAUUUCUAUAAAGGAGGGAAAAGCCUCAAGUAUUACUCCAUGCCAUGGGGAGCGGGAAUAAAUGUCUGUAUUGGAAAGUUCCUUGCAGUCAAUAGCAUCAAACAGUGUGUUUUCCUCCUCUUAAGCUAUUUUGAUUUGGAGCUGAAAGAUCCCAAUGCAGCAAUCCCAGCCUUCGACAAGGAAAGAUACGGCUUUGGAAUGUUGCAGCCAGAGAAAGAUGUCAUCAUUCGAUAUAAACUGAAAGCUCAGUAAAAUUGUAUAUUUCUUCCCCUUAUCAUCAAGCUCCUCUGGAUAUCUCUUCAUGUUCUGCAAGAAAACAGCUGCUCACUGGUUUCAGUUGAAAUUUAUUUUGACAUGACAUGGGUUGCUAAGGUAUAUUUAUAUGUUAUAGCUACAAAGAGGGCAUAAUAAAUUGUUCUCUGUGGCAUCUGCAAGCUGUUCAUUUGCAAAAGAUCACCGGAUGGCUAUUGGGGCCCCUUCAGACAGGUGUUUUCUGCAACAUGUCAUUGACUCAAUAACAUUGGUGAGCUUAUAUCGGACCAAUCCAUACAUCAUUCUCCUUUCUUAUUUUGUGAUGCUGCCCCAAUGCCAUCUGGGGGCGCAUUCUUACACUAUACUGCAACAAAAGUGGAACAUUUAUAAACCCCCAACAACCUUGACAGCAUUUAAUGUAUAAAAAGUUACAGGAUUUCAUCAGGAAACUACAGGGCUCGUACCUAUUACAAGCAAAGCAAUAUGUUUCCCCAAAACAUUUCCAUGCACAAACUAUCAAAAGUGGGAGCAUGUGUAACUGCCCCGAUACCAUAACCACGGAUGCAUGAUAACAAAAGAAUGUCUGGAGGAGCUUCACCACACCAUUGCAGGCCAAUAUGUUGUAUAUCCAAAAAACUGGUGGAAAAUUGCAGAUGCCAUGUGGAACCUUUUGA